AUGGUGAAGAUCCGAGAGUUUCAAGAGAAAGAUCAAGAUGAAGCUUAUGCUAUUUGGAAACAUGGAAUGUCGGUUGAUCUGACAGAAUACUGGACUGACUGGAUUUUCAAUCUUUUUCACGUCCGGGUCAUAUUAUUGACCCUUCCGCUUGUUGUUGUCUAUUACGGUUACGGCACACCUCCGGUCGGAAUUCUUUAUGCGAUGGUUCCUUCUGGUCUAUUCAUCGGUUUCUUCCGCUUCAUGAUCUACUGGAACUUGAAUGGCUAUGUCGCGAGUAGAACUGAUAUGCUAAAUAUCAAAAAACAUCACGGAAAGCGAUUUUUGGUGGCGGAAGGUGAUGAUGGAGAGAUUCUUGGAACCAUCGUUUACGUUGAAGAAACUAAGAUUUCAACCUUCAAGGGAAGAAAACUUGGCAAGAAUACAUGGGAAAUGUUUUCGAUGAGCGUCAAGGAAAGCGCGAGACGACUUGGAAUAGCUAAUAAAAUGCUUGCGGAGUUGGAGAAGCGAGCGAAAAAGUCAAAAACAGAGCGAAUAGUUUUCACAGCUUCUACUCCUCAAGUUCCUGCCGUCAAGUUUUACAAAAAAUGUGGCUACGAUUUUGAGCACGAAGCUUUUCCGACCCUUGGAAGAAGCAUUUUUGCGGCAAUUUUUGCUGACUGCUUCUUAAAAUUCUGUAGAAUGGACAUUGUCAAGUUUCAGAAAGAACUGUAA